AGCGAACGAGCCCGUGUCAUCUCCAAGGGAGCCAAAGCGCGAAACAGCGAGAGCGGAAGAGCUUUACGUUUCGGCUUGGCUUGUGAGUGGACCAUCGAUGAUCUCCUUGUUCGCACCUCUGAAAUUUUAUAACCCUCACGCUUGAGCUCGCACCGUUCGGCCCUACCCAAGCGCGCCAACCUCCAGCGGCGACCGGUGGUCUUAUCCGGCUAUCUCAUCGCGACAGCAGUCAGACCAUCUCAUCUCCAGGUUAUAUGGCGCACAGGUUGCUCAGGAAUGUGGAGGCGGAUGGUUGGGAACGUUCAGACUUUCCCAUCAUCUGCGAGUCAUGCUUGGGCGACAAUCCCUACGUCCGGAUGACACGAGCUGAUUACGACAAGGAGUGCAAGAUUUGCACUCGACCAUUCACCGUUUUCAGGUGGAGACCUGGUCGUGAUGCUCGAUUUAAGAAGUCAGAGAUUUGUCAGACGUGCAGUAAGUUGAAAAAUGUUUGUCAAGUUUGCCUCUUGGAUCUGGAAUAUGGCUUGCCAGUUCAGGUUCGAGAUACUGCUCUGGCCAUCAGUUCCAACGAUGCCAUUCCAAAGAGUGAUGUAAAUAGGGAGUUUUUUGCUGAGGAGCAUGACCGAAAGGCUAGAGCUGGUAUAGACUACGAAUCUUCGUACGGAAAGGCACGACCCAGUGACACUAUUCUGAAGCUUCAAAGAACAACUCCCUAUUACAAAAGGAACAGAGCACAUGUUUGCAGUUUCUACAUUCGGGGUGAGUGUACACGAGGUGCUGAGUGUCCUUACAGGCACGAAAUGCCCAUAACUGGGGAGUUGUCACAACAAAACAUCAAAGAUCGUUACUAUGGAGUCAAUGAUCCAGUGGCGAUGAAGCUGCUUAACAAGGCUGGAGAGAUGCCCUCCCUGGAACCUCCUGAGGAUGAAAGCAUAAGAACUCUAUACGUAGGUGGGCUUGAUGAGAGAAUUUCUGAGCAGGAUUUGAGGGAUCAAUUUUACGCUCAUGGUGAAAUAGAAUCUGUUAGGAUGGUACUCCAACGAGCAUGUGCUUUUGUAACCUACACAACAAGAGAAGGUGCAGAAAAGGCUGCAGAAGAACUCUCUAAUAAACUGGUGAUAAAGGGUUUGAGAUUGAAGUUAAUGUGGGGUAGGCCCCAAGCACCAAAACAGGACUCAGAGGGCACAGCUGAAGCUAGGCAGCAGGCAGUGGCUCAUAGUGGGUUGUUGCCUCGAGCAGUCAUAUCUCAACAGCAGAACCAUUUACAAGACCAACCUGCACCAGUGCACUAUUACAACAUGCCACCUCCACCCUCACAGGAGAGAUCAUUUUAUCCGUCAAUGGAUCCUCAAAGAAUGGGGGCUAUAGUUCCAUCCCAGGAAGGGGCUCCUAGUGGGCCUACAGGGUCAGGCGAGAACAAUUCGAGUGCAGAAAGGCAGCAACGCAGUCAGCAUUAUGCUUUUCAAAACAUGCCUCAACCACAUGGCCAAUAUCGGCAGCAGUUUUAUCCUCCUCCCUACGGGUAUAUGCCUCAUCCACCAGCACCGUACCAGCAAUACCCUCCGCAAUAUCAUGCUGGAGUGCAGCCACCACCAUCCUUGCCAAUGAACCAACAGUACCAGAAUUCAGCAACACCAGGGCCUGCACACUCGGGCUCUACAUCAUCAGGAUCUGCACCAUCAAAUUCUGGACCUUCGGGGUCCACACCAUCUGGUUCUGGGUCUGCGCAGACGGGGUUAUCACAGCAGUGACACUAUGAACUAUCCUUCUGUUGUGAUUUUGUAAAAGUAAUAUCUUGGUUUAUUAAUUAAAUGAUUUUGUUCUUUAUAUGUUAUGCGUUGCAAUUAUAUUUUUGAAAUAUGUUUUCUUGAACCAUCUGUAAUGAAAAUGAUUGGUCGUCUCAUAAUCUUUCUCUAGCUUCAAA